UAUGUAACACUUCCGCAUCUGCGGUGACAGAGCUAGAGCAUUGUUUGUCAGAUCAUAAGAAUUCCCGAAAACCGGUCUUCUCAAAAAAGGGUCGGAACGGUUUGGCCUACACAAUAUUACCCAUCUGUGUAAAGCGUCACAUAGGUGCUGGCGUGUAUACUUCAAGCGCACAGGAGUGCUAUAUUCACCGUCUGCCGAAGUUCAACCACGUAAAGGGUUCAACACCUGCCAAUAGGAUCAUUUUGAGGUCCACCCUGAAGUAGAAUAUAUCCAUCUGAGAGACCAGCACAUGACGAUGUCGUCGUUUGCCCGUGAAAAACUGUCUAUGCACCUGCGGCACAGAAUGGGGGUGUUUGUGACCAGAGUGAGAGCCACAGAGCUCAUGGCCAAUCUCCCUUGCCUUACACCUUCUGACAGGGAGGAGAUCCAGGCCAAGAAGGACUUCUCUGGUAACUAUGCGGCGAUUCAACUCCUGCUGGACUAUGUGCAGAAGAGAAUGAACUGGCCAGAAGAGUUGAUAUCAGCCUUGGUGGUUUUGGAACAUCAGGACCUAGCUGAUGAACUGAGGGCAGAGUGGAACAAGCACAACCAGAACAAUCCUUCACCUCCUUCAGCUGCUGUAGUCAGGGCCCAUGUUCAUCCAGCUCCUUCUACCAGCCCAGAGAGCUCUGAGGGGUCCCCAUCUUCUCUGGUCCUCCCAGCUCAGCCAGCCCCACCAGAGGUAGCUGCCCCCCCUGUGGAAGCCCCACCUGAAAAUUCACCCCAUCCUAAAGUAGCCCCAGAGGCUUCGCCACCUCCUGUGGUGGCUGCCCAGCCAGAAGCCCCCCCAAGCUCAGUUCCUGAGGCUCCCGUGGCUGUCUCCUCUUCAGAGCCAGCCCCACAGGCUCCCGAAGCAGCAGUGAGCCCUGAAAUAGCCUCAGAGGCAGCGCCUUCUGCUGUCGCUGCCCCUCAAGCAGAGCCCCAAGCAGCCCCGUCUCCUGUCUCAGCGGAGGAGCCCACAGUGAUCUCUGUACCUCCAGUCUCCCACUCUGAAGAAGCUGCCUCAUCCCAGCCUGGUCCUAUUGAAACUGUCAGUCUGGGGGACAACUCAUCUCACGGUGAUGCUGCAACACAGAUGGCCCUGUCUGAAACCACUCCCACGUUGCCUGUCUCAGACCUAGCCCUGUCCCAAACUGAAUCCACCCCCACCCCUGCUGCCUUGGCCACAGCCCAGUCCCCUGAGAGACGUCCGGUUCAGGACACCUCGCCACCAACAGCCAAAGUGACUACCUUCCACCAGGAGGCUGUCGAGGACUCUGAUCCAACCCAGGUGACUGAAGAUGAGCAGCACACUGAGCCGGCUCAGAGCCCCCCGAGCCAGCUCUCCUCCCCGGCCAUGGCCCCAGUGAACCAGGAUGACAUUUUCUUCAGCAAGCCUGAAGUCCUCCUCAGUGAGAUCAUAGACAGCCAGCCAUACUCAGGGGACUCAACACGUCUACAGAGGUCUGUGUCAGGCCUGGAACCUGCUACGGCUGAUGUGACCAGUCCUGUUGUGGUCCCAGACCCCGUCCCACACCCCGUCCCUACUGCCACCCCUCUGCCAUGUCGGGAGAAUGGCGUUCCUGAGGAAAUAACAGAACCCCUGUCCCAUAACGAGCCUCAAGAGGACACCUACGAGUCCCCCUGCCUGAGCUCCCUGGGGGACCAGGAAGUGCUGCUCAAUGUAGUUCACGUGUCUGAGGACGCCUCCAUCCAGAACAACGACGGCCAGACACCGAGCAUGCUGGGUAUUGUAGUCCACGUGUCCGAGGAGCCAUGUAUCCAGAAUCAGGAUGGCCAAACACAGAGCAUGCUGGGUAAUAAUGAUGUCAGUGUGUCUGAACCCCCCCCGCCAGUUCAGAACCACAACAGCCAAUCCCAGAUCACACCUCGCUCUGGAUCUACAGACCUUGUCCUGUCGUCUGGUCCGAACCAGCACGGCCAAACUGAGGACAGUCUGGGGAAAGCAGUUAGUAAGUCUGAAGAAUCUCCGGGUCUGAUUAUGAUUGGCCAAAACACCUCAACAAAACAUCCUGAUGCUCCUCCCCGAGCUCCUAUUGGCUCUGUCCCCAUCAUCAACGGCUCUUCCUUGGCUGAGAACCAUCAUCUCCUGGAGCCUGUGGAGGCAGAGGUCAUGAUUAAGACCAUGAUGGAGGCUAGCGCUGUCCCUGAACUGAAGCAGAAGCAGGAGGAGAGAGGAGGAGGAGGAGGAGGAGGAGGGAGCUACUACCUCCUGGGGGCUGCUGUAGUGGGCGUCUCAGCCCUGUUCGUGGCCUGGAGGAUGAAGAAAUAACAACCAGGGUUUUGGAGAGGUUGUCUCGAAUGGCACCAUAUUAUAUAUCAAGUCAGAGUGAGGAGCCUUGUCUUAGCCUCCUGUCCUCUCCUGUUUCUGUAGCUUGAGGCAGCUUGAAGUAUAAUUACACAACCUGGACAAGGCCAGGGCAAAAUUAGUGCACUAUAUAGGGAAUAGGGUACCAUUUGGGACAGAACCGGAGUAUUGCAAAAAAUAAGGGAAUAGUUCAAUAUGUUAAGAGAUUAUUAUAUUGGUGCCUUAAUGUAUUGAUAGGAGUGAAGGAGCUGAAAUGAACUAUUUAUGGGUGAGGCAAUGAGUUCAACCCAAUAAAAACCAAUAUACACUGAGGGAACAAAACAUUAUGAACACCUGCUCUUUCCAUGAAUCCAGGUGAAAGCUAUGAUCCCUUAUUGAUGUCACUUGUUAA